UUUUUUUCAUCUGUUCUUUAAGCUUUAGAUGUUUCUAGCAUGGUUUUUACCCUUCUGUUUUGAACGAGUUUUUAUAAAUGAAGUUAGGCCAAAACGCAGACCGUGUCCCUCUAUUACGCGUAUAACUAACAAGACGCCCCUGGUUUGAAGCCACUCGGAUGUUCACAGGGUGACGUGGUCCUGUAGUUGUAAGCCUCACAUUAAAACCAGCAAUCUGGAUUUCAUUUUUUGUUUGUUUGUUCAUCAAGAAGCUUUUGAAUCAACUGAAUCAAAACAGGGAAGGCAGUAUGGGGAAGGAGUACAAUGGAUCUCCCAAGCUUCACUUGCUGGCUGAUUCCAAGAAUCGAAGAAUACCUUGGUACUUAGGAGUCUUUGGGCUCUGUGUUCUGUUUUACUUCUUGGGUUCCUGGAAGAACGCCAGGACUCCGUCAACAGACAUGGCCAAGACUAACUUGGGUGUCUGCAAUUCUGCUGCCCCGAAAGGCUCAUCAUCACCAUCACCAUCAUCUUCGUCUGUUAAACUAGAUUUCGAUGCUCACCAUACAGUGGGGAGUAAUGAGAGUCUUACAGAAGGCAAAAUGACAUUUAAGCCUUGCAGCAUGAAGUAUAGUGAGUACACGCCUUGCCAAGAUCCAGUGAGAUCUCGUAAGUAUAGUAGAGAGAAGCUGAUGUACAGAGAACGCCAUUGCCCAGCAAAGAAUGAUGUCCUUAAAUGCCUCAUUCCUGCUCCUCCAGGGUAUAAAAACCCCUUUUCAUGGCCCAGAAGUAGAGAUUAUGCUUGGUUUGCCAAUGUACCACACAGAGAGCUUACGAUAGAGAAGGCCGUGCAGAACUGGAUCCAGGUUGAGGGCGACAAGUUCCGGUUUCCAGGUGGUGGAACCAUGUUUCCUCGCGGUGCAGAUGCUUACAUUGAUGACAUCAAUAAUUUGAUUCCUUUGACAGAUGGAUCUAUCAGGACUGCCAUUGACACUGGUUGUGGAGUUGCUAGUUGGGGCGCCUAUCUGCUAAAAAGAAAUAUUUUAACCAUGUCCUUUGCGCCAAGGGAUACACAUGAAGCACAAGUGCAGUUUGCUCUGGAACGUGGGGUCCCAGCUAUGAUUGGGAUCAUGGCUACUGAAAGGAUGCCAUAUCCAGCAAGAUCCUUUGAUAUGGCUCACUGUUCUCGUUGUCUGAUUCCAUGGAAAGGAUAUGAUGGUAUCUAUUUAUUGGAAGUGGACAGGGUAUUGAGACCUGGUGGCUUUUGGAUUUUAUCUGGUCCUCCUAUUAAUUGGCAAAAACAUCACAGGGGUUGGGAAAGAACUCCAGAGGACUUGAAAGCAGAGCAAGAUGCAAUUGAAGAUGUUGCCGAACGUCUGUGUUGGAAAAAGGUUGUUCAAAAGGGUGACCUUGCCAUAUGGCAAAAGCCCACAAACCAUAUUGAAUGUGUAAAAAGCAGAAGUGUUUACAAGGCUCCUCAUAUUUGUAAAGAUGACAACCCUGAUAUUGCUUGGUAUAAGAAGAUGGAAACCUGUAUAACACCACUUCCAGAGGUCAAUGAUGUAAACAGUGUUGCAGGCGGGGCCUUAGAAAAAUGGCCAAAACGUGUAACAGCUGUCCCUCCCAGAAUAAGCAGUGGCACUCUACCUGGAAUUACAGCUGAAAAGUUCAAUGAGGAUACUAAACUGUGGAAUGCCAGAGUGUCAUACUACAAAAAGCUGAAUGGCCGUCUUGCCCAAGGAAGAUACCGAAAUAUCAUGGAUAUGAAUGCUGGUUUGGGAGGCUUUGCUGCUGCCUUGGCAAAUGAUCCUGUCUGGGUCAUGAACGUGGUUCCAUCAGAUGCAAAACAAAAUACUCUUGGUGUCAUCUAUGAGAGGGGAUUGAUUGGUACUUAUCAGAACUGGUGUGAGGCUUUUUCAACAUAUCCCAGAACUUAUGACAUGAUUCACAGCAGUGGUGUCUUCAGCAUGUACCAAGACAGGUGUGACAUUACUGACAUUCUACUUGAAAUGGACCGAAUCUUACGUCCUGAAGGGACUGUGAUAUUUAGAGAUGUGGUUGAUGUUCUUGUGAAAGUAAAAGCCUUGACUGAUGGGAUGAGAUGGCAAAGUCAGAUAAUGGAUCAUGAGACUGGCCCCUUCAAUCAAGAGAAAAUCUUGGUUGCUGUUAAGAAUUAUUGGACAGGCAAACCAGAAGAAGAAAGCUCCUAAGGGCUCCUAUCAUAUUUGUAUUAGAUUUGUGAUUUUGUGGGUGUUAUUUUCUUCACUUUUUUUUGAGAAUGUGAGAGAAAUGGCAAUGUUAGCUCUCUGUUCUCAGAUUUUGUACAAUUCCCAAUUGUAGCCAGUCUGGCAGACAUCUUUUUCAUUUGUGUUUUUAGGAUGGGUAUCAGUGGUGUCUCAUUUGCUUGUCGUGUCAUUCUUUGGAGCAUUAUGAAAUAAGAUCUAAGAGUUCUUAUUUUCAA